AUGUCACGCCCCUCAAAACCCUCCCUCACCGACAACCCCCUCGACGACAUCUGCCCCGUCUGCAAAUCAAACCGCUACCUCAACCCCUCCCUCCAAUUCCUCAUCAACCCGGAAUGCUACCACAAAAUGUGCUCCACCUGCGUGGACCGAAUCUUCACCUCAGGACCAACAUGCUGUCCCGUGCCUCGAUGCGGGAAGACGCUACGAAAACGGGGGUUCCACCAAGCCUUUUUCGGAGACCUGAAGAUCGAGGAGGAAUGCGAUAUCCGCAAGCGCGUGGGUGAUGUGUUUAAUCGGCGGCAGGAGGACUUUGAGACGUUGAGGCAUUGGAAUGACUAUCUUCAGGAUGUAGAGGAUCUGGUGUUUGAUCUGGUGAAGGGGAGUGCGAAGACGAAGAGGAGGGCGGAGGAGACGUUGGAGGAGUACCGGGUGAAGAACCUUGCUGUGAUUGAGGAGAAUAAGAAGGCCGGGCAGGAAGCCGCGUCUUUGGAGAGGCAGCGGGAGAAAGCGGAGAGGGAGGCGGCGAAGCAGCGCAGGUUGGCGAUGGCGAGGGAGGAGGAGGAGGAGAAGAUGGAUGUGGAGAAGAUGAAGAGGAGUGCCUUGGAUCGGCUGGCGAAUAGUAAUGAGGAUGCGAAUGCAAUUGCGCGACAAGCACAGAAGGGGAUCUUGAAGAAGACCUCUGCCAGGAGGACGUUGACGGAUGCGCCGACGAACGAGUCUACGACCAGUGUGAGGGAUUCCGGUCUUUCGAUACGCGGUCUUAAGAAGAAAGUUGCCCCCGUGGUGGAAAAGGAGUACGAUCCUUUUGGUGGCAUCGAUCUCACACCUACGCGAUACAUAUUACAAGACCACUACGAAAACGACUAUCUCGCAGGGUUCGUCAAAGGCCAGCCUACAGCGAUGACUGGUGGUUACAGUUUACACGAAUACUACGGGAGAAGCAUGCUAGAGGCUUUCUCCGGACUAGGAGUCUUCAUCGAGGAUGAAAUAGCCAGUAGGAACCAACCAGCCGCCAUGGCUACGAUAAAAGCGGAGGCGCGUGAUGAUGUCUUUUAA